UCAAGUGUGUAGAGUAAUAACGCAGUAUGUGCAGUAUGUUAGUGAAUGUAGACAAUCAAUGCCGCCUGUUGUGGUAACAAAAUUUUCGGGCUAACGGAAACCUUUGUGCAAUUAAAAGUCUAGCUUUGUCGUUAAUUAUGGCCGGCAAUAGUGCGAAUGCUAUGGUGUCACAAGCAUUUCAUGAGCGUUGCGGACGCUCCAUAACACUCUGGAAUAACAAUCGUUCAGCACAGCGUUCUAUGCGUAACUUUAGUCACGCUUUGGUAUUCAGCGCUGGGCCACUAACGGACGAUGUGCUAUUUGAGGUGGUCAUUGAGAAAAAGAACCACUCUUGGGGCGGCAGCAUUGAAAUUGGUGUCACUUCAGAGUCGCCCGAUGACUUGGAGAUUGUUGCCUGCGCCACAGCCAUGCGCAAUGGGACCUGGGUAAUGUCAGGCAUAGACGUGCGCAAGGAUGGACGGCGUCUGAUUGAGUUUUAUGGCACCGAUUUGGAAACACUCAAGGAAAAUGAUCGUGUGGGCGUUAUGCGCACCUCUGGCGGAGAGCUUGUGUUCUAUGUUAACGGCGAAUCGCAAGGAGUGGCAGCUAGAAAUAUGCCGAAGCCUCUGUGGGCUCUUGUAGAUCUUUAUGGACGUUGCGUCCAAGUAUCGCUUUGCCCCACAGAUUCGAGUGUCAACAUAGAUGCACACAUGGAUUCGCCUUUGCAGCAACCACUGCAGCAGGUGGUGCAGAAUCUAGACGUGCCCAUGAGCGUAGAUGUCAGCGUGCUGGAAAGCGGCAAUCUGGAUGCACUGGCGCGUCUUAAUUUAAACAGCAGUAGCGCAAAUGCUGCUGGCGAUUACUAUGAUGUCAACGAUCGUUUGCGGUUUCAUACACGUUGUGGCUCCUUGGUCAAGCUGUUGCCCAACUUUCGCUCUGCCGAGCGACGGCGUCCAUUGGAUGAGUUCAACAAUGGCGUCGUUAUGACACAUCGUCCACUGCGUGACAAUGAACUCUUUGAAAUACGCAUCGAUAAACUCGUGGACAAGUGGUCUGGCUCCAUUGAAGUGGGCGUCACCACGCACAAUCCUACCGUGCUGCACUUUCCGGCAACCAUGACGAACAUGCGCAGCGGCACCAUUAUGAUGUCCGGCUGUGGCAUUCUAACCAAUGGCAAAGGCACACGACGCCAGUACGGCGAGUUCAACCUGGAUGAGCUACGUGAAGGCGAUCGCGUUGGCAUGAUGCGUAAGUCCAAUGGCAAUCUGCACUACUACAUCAAUGGCCAGGAUCAGGGUGUGGCUGCGACACGCGUCGCUCCCACAUUAUGGGGCGUCAUCGAUCUCUAUGGUAUGACUAUAAAGGUGACAAUUGUGGAUCGCGAUGAGCGUGAGCAACAAAAUCUGGUCACCAGACGCAACAACAUUGUGGCAGGCAUGACCUUAGCCUGCAGUCAUGCUCAGACUGGCACGCCAACGCUUAGUUUGCUUAGCCCGGAGAGCGAGUUAAAUGUGACUGGUGCCGUCGGAGGCUUGGCCGAAACUAUUUCCAGUGCUCGCGGCACUCGCAACGAUGAUCGUCUCACUUUUCAUCCCAUUUGUGGUAGCCAUGCGACUGUCACUCAAAGCGGACGCACUGCUCUCCGACCCAACGCCGCUGAUGAUUUUAAUAAUGGCGUUGUGCUUACGCGACGUACAUUGCGGCCCAAUGAGCUGUUCCAGGUGCGACUGGAGCGUGUGGUUACCAAGUGGGCAGGUUCAGUGGAAAUGGGUGUCACCACGCACACUGCCGAUGAGUUGGACUUUCCCUUCACCAUGACCAAUGUGCGUUCUGGCACCUGGAUGAUGACUGGCAAUGGUGUCAUGCAGAAUGGCGUUACUGUCAUUGAACAAUAUGGUCAGAAUCUGGAUCGCUUGCAGGUUGGCGACCGCGUGGGCGUCGUACGCAAGGAUGACGGCACUUUGCACUUUUGGGUAAAUGGAGUGGAUCAAGGACCAGCGGCAACCAAUGUGCCAGAGCGUGUCUACGGCGUCAUCGAUCUGUAUGGUCAAGCAGCGCAGGCCAGCAUUAUAGACACCUCCGAGUGCGGCAGUCCGGACACUGGCAACUCUACCAUUUCGAAUACAACGCUAUAUAGCGAGGUGCCACUACGUUUCCAUAACAUACACGGCGCCAAUGCGGGCAUCUCGAACAGCGGACUCACUGCCUCGCGUCCCAACUCUCUGGCAGAGUUUAAUGAUGCGAUUGUGUUUAGUAAUCGACCGCUGCGCAAUCGUGAGCUCUUUGAGGUAGAGCUGGAGACCAUGGUGCGCCAUUGGUCGGGCAACAUAGAGAUUGGCGUUACUGGCACGCGUCCGGAGGACAUACAGCUGGCGCCCAAUGCAACGGAUUUAGAAGCCAACGAUACUAUAAUACUCUGCGGUCCCAUGAUCUUUCACAACCGCAAAACCAUACGCACCAAUGUGCUGAUUGAUCUGGAUACCUUGGGCACGGGCACACGCGUCGGCGUCAUGCGCAAUGGCAUCUAUAUACACUUCUUUGUGGAUGGCAUGGAUCAAGGACCCGCGGGCGAGUGCCAUGCGCCCAACAUCUGGGCCAUUAUUGAUCUCUAUGGGCAGUGUGCACAGGUGAGCUUGACACAAACCCAGGUGGACAUACGUGCGCCAUAUGCCACCAGCGAAAACUCGCAGAGCUGCCAGGCUACAUCCGUUAUACAGCAUCCGGCGUUGGAGACCAAACAUCGCUGGACUUGCGUUUCGGGCAAUGUGAGUUUAACCAAAGACUGGACAGAGGCUUCACGCUUUACGGGCUCCAAGGCAGCGUUGUCGCAUUGUUUGGUAUUCUCAGAGCAUCCGCUUAAUGUCGGUUCGCCAUUUGAAAUCAAAAUAACCUCCAUUAAUCCUAUGUAUGCGGGCUCGCUUAGUAUUGGCAUAACCGAUCUCAAUCUGGGCGAUGAAAGCGUGCGCAAGAAGCUGCCCAGUAGCUUGAAGCGCAUCCCAGCCAACAUUUGGUAUGUGAGCGGCAAUGAGGUGCGCCUCAACUCCAGCUGCGUGCAGCGUUCCUUGGCUUCGCUGGAAUGGCUACGUACGGAUGAUCGCAUUACGCUGGAACGUGUGGAUAAUACGCUGAACAUAUUGCUCAACUCCGAGCACGUGAAUAUACAAUUCCAUAAUAUACCCAAUACAGUUUAUGUGGUGGCCGAACUCAUGGGCUCCACCAUGGCUGUGCAGGUGAUUUCCACACAAGGACCAGCUUCACCUUUGCGGCCUUGUAGUCUGCGGCUGCAGGAUUCGCUGGACUUUGGCAUGGAUCCACUCAACAAACAGGACAGUUCAAUGCUGGAGUCGAUUGAUUCAGAGGCUCAAAACUAUGAGUUUGUUGACAUAUCCAGUAAGCAUGUGCGUCUGACUGAAGAUCGACGUGGCGCAACGCGUUUCAAGUCCUAUAAUCAAGCAAUUGUUUGCCUGAACAAGCCGCUCUGCAAGGGCGAGAGCAUUAGCAUCAAGGUGGAUGCCAUUAACAACAAAUGGAAGGGCACGCUUGGAUUAGGCGUACUGGCCGCAUGUCCACAAACUAUGCCUGUGGGAGCAUCGCUGUUGAACUGCAAGCGCAGCUGCUGGCUGGCCACACAUGAUUACAUCAACAUCAAUGGCCAAGUGACGGCUUCCAAAUAUGGCGAUGCACUGGAGCAGCUGCAAGUGGGCACAGUCAUAACACUAACGCUCACUCAUGCGGGUUUAUUGAUCAUUAUGGUGGGCUCUACUAAUCUUGAAGAUCUGGCCAGCGGGUUGCCCAGUCAUGUGUAUCCCAUAUUUGAUAUUUAUGGCAAGUGUGAGAAGAUUACGCUGCUUACGGGCAAUGAUGCCACACGCAAUGCAAAUGGCACGCCCAUAUUAGAGGCACCUGAAGCGCUGGAACUGGACAAUAUGCCGCAGCAGUGCGAGAAGGCGCAUCUGGAGAUGCAUGAGAAGGAAAAGAAUACAGAACCAUUAAGUGAAAGCACCAGAGAUUUGCCUAUGUGCUCAUCCGCUUCCAAUGCUAUGACACGUUCGGUUAUGGAGAGUGUUUCCGAGAAUCUGUUAUUAAAUAUUUCUAUAAAAAAUCGCACCAUGGAACAGCAGCGCAACGAGCAAGCCAGCUCCUCUUCCACUUGUUGCCUGCGUGAGUCGCUGCAGCUGCAGCACAACACGAAUCUCAACAUACAACGCAGUCAAAGCACACAGCGCUUUCAGAAUUCCCUCAACACUUCAACGGGCGGCGGCAUUGCUAGCAGCACCAAUGGCACUAGCCAAACACAUGCCUCCAGCGGCGUCUACGACACAAACAAGGAGUAUGAGGAGCAGUCACCUGCACCGCUUAUGCCCAUGGAUACUUCGCAUGAGCCAGAUCAACAUGGUGAAAACAAUACAGAAGCCGUAGCAGAUGUGGUGGCCAAUGAACGCGCGCAAUCUGUUGAGUCUGGCGACAAUGUAUUGGAAGACGAUGACAUUGAUUAUAUGAACCAUUUGUUGUUGCUGCAGCAGCUGCAACAGAAUGAAUAUACACGCAUGCAACAUCACCUGUUGCCUGAUCAAAUAUCGCUGCUCAAUUUGGAUCUCUCUUCGAUUAAUUCUGUAGAGUCGGAUACGCAUUCCAGCGGCAAUGCACGAGAUUCGCUCCGCAACGCACCUGCUGCCGCUGCUGCUGGUGGCGCACCUGUUGUUACCUGCGAGUAUCUAAAGCAGGUGAAGCGCUUCUGUGCCUCCUUGGUGCUGCCACAUGCCUUUUUCGAUCCACGACUGGAGCCCAUUUGCUUCUGCGCAAAUUGCAAUGCCAAUAGCAACGGCAAUGGUGAUAAGCUGGAGGGUUGGGUGUACUUCAGGCUCAACCAGCACACUGUAAAUGCAACGAGCGCUUCCACUUCAGCAUCUGGCUCAUUAGCAGCACAGGUGCAGCUUGAUCUCAACGGUGAUUGGUUGCCCUUUUACUAUAUGAGCCGUGUGGAUAAAAUACGCGCUAUAUUGGAUCGUGGACAACCGCUGCCGCUGGAGAGUGAUGAGGACGCGGCAACUUCUACGCACAAGGAUGAGCCUGGCACACGCCUUGAGCUCUAUUAUUCACCCAAUGCGACGGUCAUUGAACCUGUGCUGCCCCAACAUCAUUAUGUCUCCGAGCAGGGCGUGCAUCUGAUUUCCACUUCCUUUGAGCUGUAUGUGCGGCAUCAGUCCAUCUCUGGUGUCACCUCAGGCAAAUCAACUGGUGAGCCUAAGCGACGCCAUCCAAUUCAUAUUCAUUCUGAACACGCCGCACAUGGCGAUAACAUGUCGAGCCGAGCAGCGGGCAGCAGCAACAGUACAGGAACUUUAAAUGAAUCUUCUGUGCAUCUAUUGAACGAUCUUUGCUGGUUUACCAAAGAGGCGGGUGCCUGCAUUAUAAAUGCUUUAAUUAUUAAAUUAGAACGUAUUGAGGAGCCGUCGCCAUCGGCACCAGAAAGCGCCAACUAAGCAAACUUAGCCACAACCACUCUUAGCACUUAUACACGUACGCACUAGUCACCAUCUCACAGCUGAAUUUUCUAUUUAACACGUACUUUAAGCUUAUCAUGCAAGCCGCCUUCACAUUCCCCCUUUAUAUGUAGCCAUGUUUUGUAUUGUAAAAGCGCAUAAAUCUAAAAAUAAAUAUCUACUCGAAAUGUUACAA